AUGUUUCACCUUAUGGAGUACGGUGCUGCAAUAUAUAUUACAUACAGUGAACCAAUUUUACCACUGUACACAUGCACACCUACAACGCUUAGCAAUGCAGCGCAGCUUGGGCAGUUGAAGUUCCAAAAAGUGCGGUGGUCUAUAGCGGGGAAAUAUCUCGACAUAUUUCUGCAGGCUGUUGGCGUUGCCCUUGAUUCCAGCUCUCGCACUGAGGCCGCAUUAUCAUAUUAUGGAGGCUCUGUCAAAAAUACCAUUCUAAUAUUCCAAGGACAUCUAUAUUACCAUUCAAUUGAACUAUUGUGUACCAAUUUUCGUCGCUUCUCAACUAUCAGCGAAAUCUUCAAAGUCCGCAAUAAACAUGAAGCCAUGCUUGGCGAGGGCGAAGUUAUUGUCUCCACGACAAAGGGCGCAGAAGCAACACUGCUGUUCUGGUACUCGGUACCGUUGAAUUUGAAGUACCUGUUGCAAUACAAUUUAUUCCCGGGUGGUGACCCACCAUGGCUGCGAAUAUCAUGGGUUUAG